CUGACUGAAAGUGAUCUUGAACCCUACAAGGAUUUUUCACUAGUGGUGUCUGAGCGAUGGCAGCUAGAAAUAGCAGAGACGGUAUUUGAUGUGGUCAAUCAGGAGACUGAUAGAAUUGAAAACAAGCGCCGUUCCAAGCAGCAGCAUCAGGUAUCUCAGCACUCCGUCGCUCCAUCCUCAAAUACUGCUCCUACAUCCAACACUUCCCCCUUCACCUCCUCAUCCUCCAGUCAGAAAGUCCUGUCCACCUCGAGCUCCGACUAUUCCGCAGGAGAGAUCUCAAUCAGCGUCGACCCACACUCCGCUCAGUUGAACUCCGAUUGCAUUGUUGAAGGCGACAUUCUCAAGCUUGUGGGACCUUUUUUUCAGACAUGGCAGCGCAAAUUUCUCCGACUCUUUCCCAACCGGCUUGAAAUACACAGCAAGUCGAGAGACGGGACUGUCGUCAAAAAAGGAGUCGAGCUGGUAUCGAUGGUUGACAUUCGGGAGAUUUCACGAGAUUUUCAGCGAAUGUAUAAAAUGGACAAUUGUUUGACAAUUACUUUGAAGAACGACUCGAAAAUCACCAUCACUUCCACCGAUAAAGUUCUCAUCACACAAUGGAAGGAGGAGAUAGAGGAAGCUUUCCAAACUUCAAACCAGCUCAUUUCAAACCUAAAUAAGAAGGCACACAAAGUGUACGGCGCCGAAUCACCUCCCCAACCGUCCACUCCAGAACAGCUAGCGACACGUACACCUACUAGAAGCAACCCUGCCGCUGCCACUGAGUCGAUUGGCAUGCAGAAUCUAGUGCGUCAGACUUCCGCACCCUCAGUGGGGCUGCAGAAGUCUCUUAACAAACUCUACUCUUUCACUACCUACUCCGGAGGAGCGAGUGGUCACUUCGAGCGCUCACCUGCCAAGUCUAUGGUGGGACCCAUCGCGGAAGGGGAUGGUGAGAACCGAGAAGGUUACCACUCUUCUCGUGACGAUGCCUAA